CCUACGUUUCGAAUCGAUUUGAAACAUAAACAAGCUUUGGAUACCUCCGAGAGGGAAAUAGUUACUUGAGAAGUAUUUAUUAAUUAUUCUGUGUUUUUUAACCAAAUUUUUGUAAUAAUAUUUUGAGAUAUUAGUCAAAACUUGCUUAGUUUGCUGGAAAAAGGUUGUUGUUUGCCAAAAUGAAAGUAGUUCAUAUAGCUACAAUUUUCAUUCUACAUUUCAUCAAGUCUGAUCUUGCUUUUACUCAUUCUUAUAUAAAGAGUCUCAGUGGAAAACCUUCCUUAAGAGAAAAUCAAGAUCAUUCCAGCAAUGAAAUUCCUCAUGAUGAAAUAAAGCCUAAAUAUGAUGAUCAGCAUCACUAUUAUCUUCCUAUGCAAACUACAUUUGGUUCUUACCUUGAUCCAUCUGCUUCUGGGGCUUCUAUCACCUCUCCACCCAAAAUAGCUCCUUCAUCUGUUCACAAAAGUUAUGAUCAGACAGUUUCCUCUGAUUUUGAACAAGAUCAGUUUGAUGAUGAAUUGUUGAUACCAUAUUUGAGCCAGUGCAUAUCAGAAACUCCCUCUAAUGAGAAGUUUGAAUCUGAUGCAAUAAUAUCAUCUAAACAGUUUGUACCAGAGAAUCAUGCAUUGUCUGGACAUACGGAAAUAGUUUCCAAAACUAGCAGUGAAGGCGAUGCUUCAAAAAGUUCUGAAAGGGCGUCUGAAUCAUCAACUCCAUUUCAAAGAACUCAUAUUUAUAUGCCUUCUGUUACAGAUCUGUGACAUCUUGAAUCUGCUGUACGAAUGCGAAUGCAAUUUUAUACAAGCAUCACUUGUUAAUAGAAUAAUUUAUACCUUUUUCUGAGUUUUUGUUUCAUUUUAAUCCAAAUGCAAUUGUUGAUCUAAAAUUGAGAAAGUUGUAAUGCAUUUUUACAUGUAUGUAAGAAGCAUCAAUAAGUAUUUUACUUUUUCCAGGCCUUUUGCUUAACUCUUAACUGCAGCUGGACUGUAUGUUUGACUUCUUCUUCUGGUCAUUUAUAUCUGUUUUUAUUGACUCUUUAUGCUGUUAAUUUCUAUGUCUUUAUUAAUGUAUAAAAUUUUCAUGUUGUACCCUCUUUCAUUACUAUUUAUUAUUACAAAAGCAUGAUACAUCAUUUUUGUUAUUGUUAUUGUUGUUCAACUUCAAAUCUUUUAUAUUAUUUGAUAUAGAAAGAGUUUCAAUACAAAAUUGAAUCUGUAAGAAGGCUCAAGUAACUUGAAAUUCUGUCAUCUGUUUGGAAAAAAAAGACUUUUUCUUAAUUUUGUUGUGAAAUUACUGAUUGUUAAAAUGUUUUCUUCUUUCUCUCUCUCACAUUUUUUUAACAAUGGUAUUUAACAUAAGUAUUCUAAAGUAAUAGGCAAAAUUUUUAGUUAGAGAAGGUUUUUUUUUUUUUUUUUGCUUUGUUGAUUUUUUUAAAAAUUAUUAUGAGGUUAAUUUUUUUUAGUUGAUAUGGGGAAAAAAAUACGAUUUAAAAAAUGAUAAUAAAAUGCUUUAUUUCUUAUAUAUUUUUACUUACUAAAGUUUACUUUUUCAAAAUAUUAAUUGGAUAUUCUUAAAUGAUAAAGGUUGCUGUCAGUCAGUUGUUGCUUUUAGUGAAUAAGAGAAUUGAUCAAAACUGUGUGUGUGUAUAUAUAAUAUGAAAAUUACUAUCUUUCAGAGUUUAUCUUAUGGGAUUUUCAUUAAUUUAUUGAAACCUUUCAAGUGUUUUUUUUUAAACUGAAAAGAUUAUUUUAAAAAUGAAUUGAAUAACAUUGCCUUGGAAUUUUUCUUUAUGGUAUUAGCUACCUUGAGAAAAACUCAGCAGAUAAUUCUUUAAGUAUCAAAAAAUGUCUUUUACUUGAAAAAUAAUUAUAAAUAUUGACUUGUUUGAACCAAAUUUAAUCAAACUUUAAAUUUUUUCUUCUUUGCUGUGCUGGUUAAGUUUUGUCGAAAAAUUAUAUAUGUAAAAUCAAAAUAAAGUAAAGGGGAAGUGGGUGUUUGGAAAUUUGUUGUGUUAUUGUUGGAAAAUUGUAUGUUGUGCUUUACAAUCUUGAUAUAAAUAUAUCUAGUAUUUAAGGUAUGUAAAAAAAAAAAAAAAAUUGCAAGUAUUGCUUUUUUUUUUUUUUUUUGAGUUUUUUUUUGUAAAUUUGCUAGCUAACACAACUACUUCAAUUAAUGAACAUCUCAAACUAUCUAUUAUUUGUUUUGUACAGUGUAAAGUGUAAUUUUAAAUAAAAUAUUUGUUUUUGAUUCUUCAUGAAUUGAGAAUUUGCUCUCCAUUCUUAAAAUAUUUGUUUAUAUUGUGUUUCUUUGAGCUUUUCCAAAUAUUUACAUAUUUAUAAAUAAUUUGACAUUUUAAGCAUGUUUAAAUGCUACAUAAAAUAUUUAUUUUAUAAUAGGUAUGAUGAAAAUGCUUACAAUCUUUACUUGAAAAGAAAAAUGUACUUUAAAAAAAAUUUAUAUUUUACAUUUUAAAAAUCGAAUGGAAAAAAUGAUGUGUCAAGUGAACUCUUGCACAUGAAUUUCACUCGACAAAGUCGAGUGAAAUUGGUUUCUUCUUUCAUAUUUGCAGAAAUUAAUUGUACUAAUAUAUUACAAUUCUUUUGGAAAGCUAUCUUUUUGUUGGUCAAAGCAGUUUCUUUAAUAUUUACUAUGGAAUUAUAACUUCUGAAGUUAAUAUAUUCUUCUGCAUGUAAUAAGAUAAAGAUUGUAUCUUCUGAAAUUUUGAAUCUUAUUUAACUACUUAAUUGUUCAAAUAACAAACUGUUACAUUUACCAAGUUGUGAUUUCAAUUUUGUUUCUGAAACUAAGAAAUCUGCAAUUACUUUCAAACUUAUUAAUAUAUGUUUAAUUUCUUUACAUUUUUAAAUACCUCAUUUUUAUUUCGUCUGAUUUUUACAAGGUUUUUUUUUUUUCUUUUUUAAAUUUAAAUGUUUGAUAAUCAUUUGUGUUAUUUCAAAUUGUAAUUCAUCUGUAUAAGAAUAAAUAUAAUUCAUAAAACACUGUCAUCCUUUUUUAGCUAUUUUAUUUGGACAUUGUGAAAUUUUGAUUGUAUAUUAUUACUCUUUCUUCUGAUUCACCUAGGAAAGAGUAAACUAUUCAAGGCUGGAUUUACAUAUUUCUUCAUUGUAACACAAAGCACAAAAUGCUGCACCCCCUUUUCUGUCAAAAAGUAGUCUCGUGAUGAUAUUCAGUUUAAUAUCUGGCUGUUAAUUUUUGACCAUAAAAUUACACAAUGCAAUAUUUUUAAUCUUUUAACUACAUUAUAUUUUUCAAUCAAAACUAUGGCUCCGUAUGUAAUACCACAUCACCUUAAAGACAUACUAGAUCCAUAAGUAUUUUUUGUUAUUGUUGUAAGAGAUUUAUCAGUUCUAAUAAAAUCUACUUCAGUAUUAAGAAAUGCUAAAACAUUUGGAUUUUUAUCUGCAUUACAAAUCUUAAAAAUAGUUCCAAAUAGAAAAAGACAAGAAAUAACUCAAUGAGCUUCAAAACCAUAUUUUAAUCUAAUUAAAAAUUCAAAGAACUUAUAAAUUUUUGCCAAAAUAUUGUACCAUUAAAAUGGCUUUACGCCUGCUUAGUUUAUUAUUAUUCAAUUUUUUUUUUAAAAAAAUGUACUCAUUUUAUAUAGCAUAAAAAAUGUAUAUAAUAUGACUAAAGGUUUGUAUGAAUUUAAUAAUAUUGAAAAGUAUUAUAAAUUGUAUAUUUUUAAAAAUAUUAAAGUAGUGUAAAUGAAAUAUUUAAGAUUAUUUUAGAAUUGUUUAGUUACAAAUUUUGAACAUUUGUAUGAAAUUUUUUUCGUAUUUUCACUUUUUCUGAUUGAAAUUACAUUUUGUGAAGAAACUCAUAAAAAUGCUGGAUAUCAAAUGGUAGUGAGUUUUUUUAUGUGUUGAAAACAAUCUUGUUGUAUUUUACUUUUUGAAACACUUGAAAUGCUGUUUGAAAAUUGGUUAUCUUAAUAAAAAAAAA